CAUUGUUUUAUAUUUAUUGAGGACUUAAAUUUUAUAAUAAGAUUUUUAAUAAUUAUGUGAUUUCCACAUGGUUAUUAAAUAACUCCUGUUAAUUUAGAUUUUUCAUGUGAUUGUCUUGUACUCCAGUUCUGUAUGUAUUGACUAUGUUUUUUAGUUUUCAGCAGACCCCUUCAUUUUCAUUUCAUUUCUACUGUAAAUUUAAGUAAGAUACGAUGGUCUGGAGUGAAUGGUGGCCUCACGACCCCGUUCCUCAAUCUAAAGUUACUGAUCCUUACCUUGUUAAAACUAAUUCUCAACAAGUAUACUGGUGGUGUGCCUGUGGCCUCAGUAAGAAGCAGCCAUGGUGUGACGGUUCACAUAAAGGAUCCAAAUUCAAACCGGUUAUGUAUGUUCCUCAGACCUCAGGAAGGAAGCUGAUGUGCGGAUGUAAAUAUUCCUGUAAAAGACCCCUGUGUGAUGGGUCUCAUCUCUGGGUUAAAGCUCAUAAAAAUAUGCCGAAAGCUGCACUCGGCACUUUCGGUUUCUUCUUCACUUUCGGUGUUUUCACAUCCUGGCUGCUCCACCCCUAGCACAAUUCUCAGUUUUAAAUUUUCUAAUUUUUAUUUUUAUA